AUGACCGUCGCUCGCCGUUCCCGCUCCCGCCGUAGCCAAUCCAGUGAGCGCAGCCGUCGCGCCAUCCGCUCUUCAAGCACCCGUCGGCGUGAGUUUCGAUCAUUGUUUUCAAGUUAAGAACGAGACUGCUUCUGGAGUAAGUCCCUAAGUUCCUAGAGAUGGUUCUAAAGAAUCUGGAGCUGGUCCUGGAAAAUCUAGAGUUGCUCCUGAAGAUUUUAGAGAUACUCCUGACCAUCCUAGAGCUACUUCUGACCAUCCUAGAUCUACUCCCAAGCACCCUAGAGCUACUCCCAAGCACCCCUAGAGCUACUCCCAAGCACCCUAGAGCUACUCCCAAGCACCCUAGAGCUACUCCCAAGCACCCUAGAGCUACUCCCAAGCACCCUAGAGCUACUCCUGAUAAUCCCAGAGUAGGUCCUAGAGAUCCUAGAGCCGGUCCUAAAGAUCCUAGAGCUGGUCCUAAGCACCCUAAAGCUGGUCCUAAGCACCCUAGAGUUACUCCUAAGCACCCUAGAGCUACUCCUAAGAACCCUAGACCUGGUCCUAAGCACCCUAGAGCUGGUCCUAAGCACCCUAGAGCUGGUCCUAAGCACCCUAGAGCUGGUCCUAAAGAUUCUAGACCUUGUCCUAAAGAUUCUAGACCUGGUCCUAAAGAUUCUAGACCUGGUCCUAAAGAUUCUAGACCUGGUCCUAAAGAUCUUAGAGCUGGUCCUAAAGAUCCUAGAGCUGGUCCUAAAGAUCCUAGAGCUGGCCUGAAGAUCCUAGAGCUGGUCCUAUAAGUCCUAGAGCUGAUUGGAAUAGUCUUAGAUACGGUUCAUAACAUCCUGGAGUGAGACUUCAAGGUCCUAGAGGUGGUAGACAUCCUAUCAUAAUUCUUCAAAACUUGCAGGCUCGAGCUCUCGCCGCCGGUCCAGCACCCGCAAGCCGAUCUCGAUCCGUCGCUCUUCGCAGCUCCGCAGCCGAUCUGCCUCUCGCAGCAGCCGCUCCCCGUCGCGUCGCUCUACUUCGCGCCGCCGUUCUUCCAUUCGCAGCUCCUCGGUUCGCAGGGUGUCCGUCAGCUUUGCCGUGCCCCUCGAGGAGAAGAAGGUCACGAAGAAGUACCAGACGACGCCGCGGGGACAGCGCAAGCCUGUGAAGUCUUCUCGCUCGGCCUCGCCUUCUGGUCACGUCGCCUCGCUCAAAUUUGACGAGUCGGUCAAGGUUGCCAAGAAGAGGUAUGUCUCUUAAGGUUGGAUUUUUGAAACAGUCAAGUCUUCAGGACCGUUCCGAAGGUUGAUAAGUCGGCCAAGAAGUCGGCCAAGUCUGUCAAGAGGAGGUCGGUGAAGCGAUCAACCAGCAAGAACUCGGUUCGAUCUGUGAAGUCGAGCAAGUCUGCCAGUGGCCGCAGACCUCGUGCCGCCGCCGUCCGUGCUCGUUCUGUCAUGAAGGCCAUGUGCUAA